CUUGGCAAUCGAUAAAGUUUGUCGAUUGAGUGGCAAUAGUUUUCUCAUUCCUGCGUGUACGGCAAAGAAUCGCGGCGGGGUGAGCUCGUCUUUCUAAAAUUUGAGAGAAAAAAUGACGGGCUUUUCAGAAAAACCAAUUAUAAUUGAUGCCAGGGGACACCUCCUUGGUCGAUUAGCAGCAAUAACUGCAAAAACUUUGCUUAAUGGACAAAAAGUAACAGUUGUAAGAUGUGAAGGUAUAAACAUAUCUGGAAGCUUUUUUAGGAGUAAAUUGAAGUAUCUGUCUUUCUUACGCAAACGAUGCAACAUCAACCCAUCCCGUGGUCCCUUCCACUUCAGGGCCCCCAGCAAGAUUUUCUGGAGAACUGUGCGAGGCAUGCUCCCUCACAAGACAAAACGUGGGGAUGCUGCUCUGGAACGUCUGAAGGUCUUUGAGGGAAUCCCACCUCCAUAUGAUAAGAAGAAGAGGAUGGUUGUGCCUGCUGCUCUCAGAGUUUUAAAGUUGCACCCGAGGCGUAAAUAUUGUUCUUUGAGUCGUCUAUCUCAUGAAGUGGGCUGGAAAUACCAGGAAGUGAUUAACACCUUGGAAGUAAAAAGGAAAGCUAAGGCUGCUGCAUAUUAUGGAAAGAAGAAGCGUGAUGAGAAACUGAAGCAGUUAGCCAUCCAAAAGGUAGCAAAACAUAUUGAACCACAAAGAAAAAUUCUGCAAUCUUAUGGGUAUGAUGUGUAGUUGAAAUUGCAUUAAAAUGUUUUUGGAUUAA